GCCUCCCUCAGACAGAAGGUGGUAUCUUACUUCCUGGUUGGAUCUGCGUUGUGUUGUCCUGCCGCCUGCAGAGCUUUCUGGAUCUAACCGAGUACUAGCAACCACCGGAGCACAGUGCCAAGCCUCACCCGUCCCCCCCCCCCUCCGGCUUUAGUUAGCAUCUUAUUAAGCGAAUUAACACCUCGUCGAAACCGAAGCGAAAGCGGAACCCUCGAGAGCGGCUGCCCGGAUAUCAGUGCGGUUAGCCGGGAUUGAGCUAACCGAAGGCAGCGGAGGGGCGGACAGGAGCUCCCAGGUCCCUGAGUUUGAACUCCCUUAGGCUCAAAACUACGUGAGGACUUCAAGAAACUUUGGUUGACAGGCGGAGAGAGCGAGCAUGCGGUUGGAGCCACGGCCGCUGUAGGAUGAAGAGCCCGGCGCAACGCACCAGGGACAUCGAGCGGCAAGCUGGCUACCUGAGGCCCGAGCACUGCGCCCCCCCUCCGCCCCGCACCGGCGCCGACACCAUGUGGUUCAUCCGCGACAGCUGCGGCAUCGUGUGCGGCAUCAUCACCUGGUUCCUGGUCUUCUACGCCGAGUUCGUGGUGGUGUUCGUCAUGCUGCUGCCCGCCAAGAACGUGGUCUACAGCCUCUUCAACGGCGUCAUCUUCAACGGCCUCGCCUUCCUCGCCCUCGCCUCGCACGCCAAGGCCAUGUGCACAGACCCGGGAGCCGUGCCUAAAGGGAACGCGACCAAAGAAUUCAUCGAGAGUCUGCAGCUCAAACCGGGACAGGUGGUGUACAAAUGCCCCAAGUGCUGCAGCAUCAAGCCGGACAGAGCUCACCACUGCAGUGUCUGUAAGCGCUGCAUCAAAAAGAUGGACCACCACUGCCCCUGGGUGAACAACUGUGUCGGAGAGAACAACCAGAAAUACUUUGUGCUCUUCACAAUGUACAUUGCACUGAUAUCCUUGCACGCGUUAAUCUUGGUGGCCUUCCAUUUCGUUUUCUGCUUUGAAGAAGACUGGACAAAGUGCAGUAACUUCUCUCCACCAGCAACCGUCAUCCUCCUCAUCCUCCUCAGCUUUGAGGGUCUCCUCUUCCUCAUCUUCACCGCCGUCAUGUUUGGGACCCAGGUCCACUCCAUCUGCUCCGAUGAAACGGGUAUUGAACAGCUGAAGAAGGAGGAGAGAAGAUGGGCCAAGAAGUCUAAAUGGAUGAAUAUGAAGGUGGUGUUCGGCCACCCGUUCUCUAUAGCCUGGCUGAGCCCCUUCGCGACGCCCGAGCACGGCAAGGCCGACAAGUACCAGUACAUCGUGUGAGCGAAAGCUGGAAACUAAGCUGAACUCUGCAGCUGCGAACACAGACUGAUCAAUCCCACUGUGGAUCAGGAACUCCUCUUUACCACUCCUCCUAAUUCCUUUCUGAAUUCUUGAUAUUUCAGGGUGUUUUCAUGUAAAGUUGUUUCUCUUCUUUCUUUCUUUUUUUUUUUUAAAUGUUGUAAUCUUAUUUUCAUUUUCCUCUCUUGGUGCUGCGCGAGAUUACCUACGUGUAGCUGUGGAACAAUCUCGACAACUCGACAAGAAGCACUUAACAAGAGUUGGCAAAUACUACACACACACACAAACACACACAGAGACUGAGCUCUGCCAUCACUGGAGAGAAAAUUCCUGCAGUAUGUCUGAUCAUUUCUGUACUUCCAAGACUUAACGUCGCACAAAAAGCGGCACAGCUUUCCGGUGCCAAUACGGACGCCUGCCGUUGUCUUCCUCUAAACCCUGUCACGUGCUACGCUUCGUUUUUUUUGCCGUAUUGUUGCAGUAGUAUUUUUCAGAUUUGCCUUAGAACAGUGCAUUAGCGAACAGUGCUUUUCUUUUUCUAUUUCUAUUUAUUUGCCUUAAUGACAUUUUGAGUUUGUUUCAUCCUUUUUUUUUUUUUGAUGCCAGACAGGUGGAUUUGUUCAGGUCUCGGUUGUUUUGUGUCGAUUGUAGUAAACCCCCGAUUUAUCUGGCAACACAAAGGACGCGAGAACAAAUCGGGUAUCAGGACAGUUUGAGACACAGAGAGCAGCGAUAACGUCGCAGAGGCCAGUUUGAGUUAUAAUCCUGAAGAUUUAAUUUAAUUGAUGACUUACUGGCUACAUUUAGCAGCUUUUCUUUUUAAUCUGCAGCUGGACAAAUAACCUAAAACAUGAAUCAAACUAACUACAGUCAGCUUCAGUGUCAAGAAAUGACAGGAAAUGACGUGAUCAUUAUUCAUACAGGUCACAGAAAGUCAAAGAGAAAGGCAGUUGUGUAACUGUUUACGAUAAGACCGCCUACGUGGUUUUUCCCCUGGAGGAAACGUUGCAUUAGGAGUAAUUUAACACGCCACUGAUUCAGCAUCGGAGGAGUAAACAGGCUGAUAUCAGUGUGAUAAAAGUGCAUUAUUGUACAUUACACAGAUGCAUCAUUUCCUGUGAAUCCCUCAUAAAUGCAUAAAUUGAUCUGAAGCUCCACCACCAGUCCUCUCUGAUAUUAAUACUUGAGUUUAUAGUGAAUUUGGUGGAAAAUUGCACGGGUGAACCAAAUAAUGGUUUACUGAUAACACUUAGACCAUAUAAAAUAUAUAAGAGAUCAUAGAAAUCUUAAGGAUUAUAACUUUAAAUCUCCAAUUUUACACUUGUCCGGUAACCAAGAUUUAACUUUUAGGCUCCGUCAGAGUUAAAACCAGCCUCUUUUACUUUUUUUUUUUUUUUUUUUUUGACAGCUGUUCAUGUUGUUGUUCGUGCUUGACGACCGUCACCAGCUCCGACUGAACGUCAGGGAAUAAAGCAAUACAGCAUUGCUCUCUGAAUGCACUGACCCCAAGUGCAAUUCACUUGCUGUCAAUUGAUGGAAUCGACUCGUGCGUAAUUCACUCCGUCACAGGUUUCCAGUUUUGAGCCUGACUGGUGGCAGGAUGACGCCUUACAGGGUAAAAAAAAAAAGAAAGAGAUGAUUCACGUUAAAUGUUUUAAUGUUCAAGAGACCUGAAAGACUAGAAAUGCAUGUUUGGACAAUAAAAGGCUUACGUUGGUUGAAACUACGCCUCUUCUGAGCAAUUAACACUAAAAAUGCCUUUGUCCUAAUGUGUUUGGAAGCCUUAGUAGUUAAUGACAUGUUUAUUUAGACAGUGAAAGGACUUGUUGCCAAAUUUAAAUCUUAACAAAGGGAGAGUUUGAAGGAGCCGUUUCAAGAGUGAAACACUGUAAAGACGGAUGUUUUCUGAGGCUUUUAUAUGUUUUUAAAUCAUGACCGUCACGUGGGGAUGCUACAGGUUUACACACACAGUGCACCAGCUUUCUUCUUCUUCCUCUUCUUUUGUUUAAUGUGUUCUGCUCGGUCAGGUAUGAAAAGUAUGUGUUUGAAUUGCUAUCACCACAUAACUUCUUUAUUUUAUUUUAUUUUUUUCUCUUCUGCUUGGGUAUUUCUUGAAAGGUGAAUAAAAUGAAUUUAUGAAUAUGA